UCAAGUCAAUGUGUUCUACAUACUCUAAUUGUGCUUGAUAACUUUGUUUCAAAUUUCCCUAAACUUGGAUAUAUUAUUUAUGGGAAUUAAAGUGAGUGCGAUUGGUGUGAUUAGUGUGUCUGAUGCCAAGAAACUGCACACGUGGCACACAGGAGGUCACUGACAAAUUGUGGUAAAGUGCAGAAAUUAGAUAAUAAUAAUAAUAAAAAAUCAAAAGUCAGACACUGCAGCGUGUUAAUGAUGGUAACCACGUUUUGCAUAGGUAAACGCUGCCAUUAUACAAUUACAACAUUUUAGUUUACAUUGUGACACUACUCCCCAUCGACCCAUAGGGUUUGGAAAAACUUAUGAUGCCUCACAAUGUCUUCUUAAACAAGGUAAUUGAAUUCACAAUGAGUAAAGGCUGUAACGUACAUGGAUUCAUACUGUUAAAAGCUUGAUUCUUAUUUUAUUUCUUUAACGAUUCGUAUUGUUAAUUAAAAAGGCCAAUUUAAGAAUAAUAAAAUCGAUUCAAGAAUAAUAAAAUCGGCGUCAGUACUGAGUUCCGCCACUAGAGGACGCUACAGACAUUAUUCUUCCCUGUGCUCUGUCCGUGGUCCUGGAACUUCCAAACGUAAUCCACAUUUUUAUUAAAAUCUACAAGAGACUAGUCUAGAGAUUAACUCCGUACGUCUCCAUUGUGCUGAAUGUUCAAACCACAACAAGCUCAUGCUCCGCGUUGCUGACAUUUUAUUAUUUCGCAACGUCGUUUUAACUCCAUCAUCAUCACUUGUUAUAUACAUUUUGUAGUAUUUUUGUGCUAUUUGCAUUUAAAUGAUAUAUAUAUUUUUGUCUUCAUAUUUGGGAUUUCUGUGACACCCAUGAAUGUUACUUGUAUUCCUUCCUCAGCCGCUAUGAGGAGUCGCACACGUCCGAGCACCUGCGUGCCACCACACCUGCGUUUAAAGGCAAUCAGCAGGUGUAACUGCCUCUCGCGCUGUUUCCCCACCAGCGAAUUUUGACGUAAAAAAUAUAUUCUGUUUUUUUUCUUCUAAUGCUUGCUUUAGGUUGAAAACGUCUCCAAAGUGCUUUAAAUAUUGCCAUUAAUAAAAGUGAUGUCGUUGAUCCGACGUGCAGCCGCUGCGCAGUCUGUUUCUGCCUCCUUCUCUCUUUGUCGCAUUGGAUUUAAAGGCGAAGCGAUAUCAUCGGGAAUCGGACCCAGGUUAGAGGUGAUGGCUGCUGGCUGCUAGCUGGCUUUCUUUAACUGUGAAUAUCGGAUAUCGGGAAAUCACGAUUGCCGAGUAAUUUCAAACGGCGUCAUCCGGUAGAUUGGGGGAGACGGUAACGCAGAAAAGGCGCACAGGGCGAGAGGGCAGCCCGAGAAGAAGCCCGCCGGACGGCCGGAGAUCGAACAGGACGGAGGUCCACCUGGCAGGCUGAGCAGAGCAGCGGGCCUCACAAAACUGAGGACGCAGUGAAGGACACUAAAGGUGGCCACUCCAGAAUCCCACCUCAGCUGGAUCAUGGGUAACCAGACUGGCAGAGACAGCAAUGGCCCUACAGGUUCUCCAUUAGAUUUCUUCCACACGCCUCCUACCACGCCCUCAGAGGCAGAGCUCACUGCUAUGGCCUUAUCCUCUUCAGCUUCCUCCACCACCACCACCUUCUCCGUCACCCCUCCUCCUGCAGACUGGACGCAGAACCCGUCGGCUCCCUCUGAAUGGGCUGUGAUCAGCGUCGACGGUGUCGCCCCGGAGACAAACGUGAGCGAUGCAGCGGUGAUGCGUGGGAAGGCAGCAGGCAGCCCGGGCAGCCCGGCUUUCCUCCCCCCGUCCGGUGACUCUGCUUCAGAGCAAAGCUGGCUGGAGCGGGACAGCGGACUGGAGCCGCAGGCUGCAGCAGAGCGGGUGGGAGAGGAGAUGAACCUGGUUUUACUCAGUCUGAUGGAGCACUACAGGGCCUCGCUGUGCCUCGCCCCCAACGAUGACGUAACCACGGGAGCAGUAGAGCUGCUAAGACGCCUGAUAACAGAAAGAGAUGAGCUGGUUGAGGAGGUGGACACACUUCGGGAGACACUUCGGGCGGAGAGGUUGGAGUGGCAUCAGUUCCAGUGUGACCUGCAGGUAGCGGUGUCUGUGGCUGACCGGCUGCGGGUGGAGUCCGAACAAUCUCUUGGUGUGCUCAAGGAGACCCAGGGGGCUGUGGAGGAGCAGCUGGCUCACGCCCUCCGCGGAGAGAAGGAGACGCGGGGAGAGCUGGAGAGUCUCCGGGACGAGCACAGAGACGCCUGCUGCAAACUCGCUGAACUCACCCGGCAGCGGGAACUGGAUCGAGCCGAGCUGGACGCUUUGAGGGCCACUCGCGAGGUCAAACGUACCACAGAGUGUGAUCAGCUGACGGAGCGACGAGACUCCGUGGAGGGACGCGGGACGGGAGCACAGGCAGUUGUGGGGCCAGUUGAAACCGACGCUGCAGUCCAAAGCGUUGAGAAGGACAAUCAAACGAAUGCAGAGGUGGAAGCUGAUGUCGAGGGCCACGACCCCGAGGACGCAGAUGGGGGCAUGCAGCUGACUGGGAAGGGCGUGGCGGAGGGAUACCUUCGUAGUUUGGCUAUGAUGGGGAAGAAAAAAGAUGGAAGGGAUCCUCGGAGGAUUGUGAUGCUAUCUGAAAGAUCUUGGAGUCUCUCUCGUCUCCCACUCCCAUCGGACUCCUCCGGUGACAAUGGAACCUCAAGAAGCACAACACUGCCGCUCUGCAAGAAAGAAGAGCCACUAAAAGAGAGAAGUAGCGACCGCAUAUUACAGCGGCAGGACAGCUGGUCCAGCUUUUACACAGGAAAACAGGAUGAGGACCAAAGCCCAGAUUCCACCAAACCUCAGGAUGGUUUCAGUCGUCUGCUGAGGCGUCACGGCGGCUCCCGAAGAAACUCUCUGCUGCGCUGGUGCCAGAGUCGUACCAGGAGUUAUAAGAAUAUUGAAAUCACAAACUUCAGCAGCAGCUGGGACGACGGUUUGGCGUUCUGCGCUGUUUAUCACACAUAUUUGCCAAACGUCAUCCCGUACGACGCCCUCAACCCAGCAGACCAGAAGGAAAAUUUGGACCUCGCUUUUAAGACGGGAGAGCGAGUGGGAAUCAAAGCCACACUGACGGCGGAGGAGAUGCUGAAGGCCAAUGGACCGGACUGGCAGCAGGUCCUUGGUUAUGUCGAAAGCAUUUUCCGUCACUUUGAGAUGUGAAGGCGGUUUCUCUUGUUGCUCUUCAGUCUGGUUCUUCUCCAUGAUUGUGAAUUAAGGACUGAACAGCUGUCCAUCACAAGAGGGAGUCCUACUUGUAGUAAAUUGAAACGGCCAGGAUUUUAAAUGUGUCAGCAAUAUUCAACUUUAUGAUAUGUUUUUAAUCAGAGUUAAGAGUUUUUCUAUUUUUCUACAUCCCAUCUAUUCAGAUCCAGAGAGCUGCUUGCUGAUGACACACGGGACACUAAAUUAUUUCAGAUAUACACAGGCUGAAUAAGCACUGUCACAUUUGUUUCUGGUUGCUGGGUGCACUGGUUUUGCACGGUUUGCCUUUUAAAACUCAAUGAUCACUUUGAAUAAUGUAAAUUUGCUUUUUUGCAUUUUUACUUUAAUGACUUUCAAAUCUGGGACACUUUUUAAGUUUUAUUUAUUUUGACCACAAUAGUUUUUAUCGUGAACUUCUACUGCUGUUUUACAGUGUCAUGUCUGUAUGCACCCAUACCUAAAGCCUAAAGUGGACAGACUUAAAAUCUGCUUCUUAUUGUUGGAAUAGUGUAAUUUUAACUGUAAACAGUAUCCGUCAGGCAAUGUAAAUGUGUGUAAGCGCUUCAGUAUUUAAAAGAAACAUCUUAAGCAUAUGACUGUUGUUUCCAAAUGCCUUAUUGCAGUAAUAAAGUUAUGUAUAUGGA